CCGCGAAAUUUUCACCGCCUUUUUUAUCUCUCUCCUCACCAGUGAUAGUCACUCUCUCACUUCCCAGAAUAUCCGUACUUUCCAAUAUCCAACAAAAUUCUAUUGAUUUCAAACUCUUAAAGUUGUAAUCUUGUGCAUAUAUCCUCUUUCCUUCCAUGGACUCUCUCUUCUUCUCGCUCCCUUUUUUCUAGCCGUUGAGCCCUUUCUUUAAUUACACAACAUGCUGCUAAUCUUACCUUAAUUAUGCUUCAUGUUUUUUAACAAUCCAUUUCAAAAUUUGUUCUGCAUAUUGCAUAUAUAUAGCUUCUUGACCGUUGGGCACUAAAAAUUUCCAAUCUUUUUUAUAAAAAUUCGAUCUUGAUCAUUGAUUAAAUCGUGUGUUUUGUUUUUCUGCUAAUCAGUUUGAUCAACUGUGUGCUUAGAAAUGGAAGAAGAAGUGGGUGCCAGAAAUGAUGAUGAUAAUCACUCAAGAAAAUUGUCUGGUCCAACAAGGAGAUCAUCCAAGGCAAACUGGACAGAGGAAGAGGAUAGCAUUUUGCAAGAUGCAGUUCAAAAAUAUGAAGGGAAGUCGUGGAAGAAAAUAGCUGGAUGCCUCCCUGGUCGAACGGAUGUGCAGUGCUUGCAUCGUUGGCAGAAAGUUAUAAAUCCCGGCCUGGUUAAAGGGCCAUGGAGUAAGGAGGAAGAUGCUAUUCUCAUUGAGUUGGUUGAGAGGUCCGGUGAGAAGAAAUGGUCUGAAAUUGCGGAACAGCUUCCAGGCCGGAUGGGAAAGCAAUGCCGGGAAAGGUGGUGCAACCAUUUGAAGCCGGAGAUAAUUAAGGCACCGUGGACAGACGAGGAGGAAAGGACUCUGAUCAAUGCUCAUGCUGAAUAUGGGAACAAAUGGUCCAUAUUAGCCAAGCUUUUACCUGGCAGGACUGAGAACUCGGUUAAAAACCACUGGAACUGCUCUCUGAAGAAGAGACUCUGUUGCAAUCCAGCCUUUAGCUCCGUUGCAAAUCAUCCUCGAUUAUAUGUACCUCCUCUGCAAGCCAAUACUAAACGAGUUGCUCGCGAUUCAACAGAAGCAAACCAAACUUCAAGCAGCACUAAUUUGGAUAGUGGGAGCAACAUAGAAUUGAGUUCCAUGGAUUUGUUUCAUGUAAACCAUAGCAAUUUAUCAUUUGCUUCGGGAAAUGCAGUGCCAUCAACUUCCAGCAAGACUGUGAUCAUGGAUGACAUGUCAAAGGCCUUGAAUCAUGGUACUAGAAAGACUGAAAUACGAGGUUUUACUUCACUAUGUGAAGACUAUCCGUGUCACAUGCCUUCUCUCGUAUGUGAUAAUGGUGAUCGAAUUGGGCCAAGAGGAGACAGUGAUGAUAACCCUGCGAGUUCAUCGGAGGGGUCAUACACGGGCUUAUGCUAUGAGCCAAUUCAGCGGGCGGAUUUGGAUAUCUUCUUGUCGACUGGUAGGUUUCCAAGCACUGAGAGCUACAUACGCCAACAGCCAAGACGGGAUGAAAAGGAACUGCCAGGUGAUGCAUACAGCAGAGCUAGGGCCAUACUGAGGAGUGCAGCUAUGAGCUACCAUAAUGUGCCGUCUAUUAUUAGAAAACGCGCUAUUCAGAUAUUGUACGGAUGCGUUCCUGCACUGGAGGUAAUCAAGUCCCAGAAUUAGAUGAUGACGAUGAUGUUCAUACUUGCACUUUUCUCUCUCAAAGCUUGAGAAGCUUGCAGCCGUUGAAUCUGUGGGGAUUUGAAACAGAAUUUGGCGAUGCAUGAGAUUGAAAUGAUCUUUUAUCAAGAGGGAUUGAGAGGGUUUCUGUGAUCAGAUUUGAUGAGAAUCCGGCUUUGUGUAGCUCUUGAUAUUAGCUAAUGCUGCAAAACAAUGUGAUGCUUGCUGCCGCAUUAUGAUUUUUAAGAUAUAAGUAUUUUUCAACA